CCAUCUUUUUUCUUUUGUUUCUAAUAUUUUUGUUCUCAAUGGAUAACCUCUAUUCCAUUAUCUCCUUGUGCCUUCUUGCCUUCCUUCUUCCAAAUCUACAUUUAACAAGUGCUCAAAUCGGAGUUUGCUAUGGGCAGAUCGGAAAUAAUCUUCCACCCCAAAGAGAAGUUGUAGCUCUCUACAACCAAAACAACAUAAGGAGAAUGAGACUGUAUGAUCCCAAUAGAGCUUCCCUUGAUGCCUUAAGCUCCAACAUUGAGCUCAUCCUUGGCCUCCCAAAUCCCGACCUCCAAAGAAUUGCCUCGAGUCAGGGCGAAGCCAAUGCAUGGGUUCAAAACAAUGUAAGAAACUUUGCUAAUGUUAGAUUCAAGUACAUUGCUGUUGGCAACGAAGUCCUAUCCUCUGACCCUGGCGCCGCUAGAUUCGUCGGUCCGGCCAUGCAGAACAUCCAAAACGCAAUUUCCGCAGCUGGCCUUGGCGGCCAAAUCAAAGUCUCCACUGCCAUUGACACCCGCGUUAUCGGUGUGUCCUUCCCUCCCUCAGCCGGUGCCUUUAAAACCGACGUCCGAGGAUUUAUGGACCCGGUUAUCCGCUUUCUCGUCGCAAAUCGAUCGCCGUUGCUCCUCAACUUGUACCCUUACUUCAGCUACAUUGGCAACACGAGGGACAUCCGUUUGGAUUAUGCCCUCUUCACGGCGCCAUCGGUGGUGGUCACCGAUGGCCAGUUCCGUUACCAGAACCUAUUCGAUGCGAUUCUUGAUUCGUUUUACGCUGCGUUGGAGAAGGCCGGUGGGGGGAAUUUGGAGAUCGUGAUAUCGGAGAGCGGGUGGCCUUCGGCGGGGGGUACGGCGACAUCGAUCGACAAUGCGAGAACUUACAACAACAACUUGAUUCAACAUGUCAAGAGAGGGACUCCAAGGCGGCCCGGAAGGCCGAUUGAGACUUAUAUCUUCGGCAUGUUUGAUGAGAACCAGAAGAGCCCUGAGUUCGAGAAGCAUUUUGGUCUCUUCUCUCCAAACAAGCAGCGUAAGUACCCAAUCAACUUCAAUUGAGAGAGAUGCAUGCCGCCAAUAUUGCUAUAGAAAGAAAUAAAAAAGUUGCUCAUAAUCUCGUAAUAUUAUGAUCUUUUUAAUAAA